AUGCUCCACUUGCAUGGCCCACAGAUGCUCCAGAUGCUAGAGAAAUCCUUGAGGAAGAGGCUCCCUGAAUCCUUAAAGGUUUAUGGGACUGUCUUCCACAUGAACCAGGGAAACCCAUUCAAGCUAAAGGCCCUGGUCGACAAGUGGCCAGAUUUUGAUACGGUGGUUGUCCGCCCUCAGGAACAGCCUGGGGACACAGAAAUGAAUGUAGGGGAUGGAGAACAAGUGCCCAUCCUCAAGAAGCUCACAGGAUCAUGCAACGAAGAGAUGUUUAAACAUUCAACCCUGGAUGUCACCCAUGCUGCCUUGGUGGAUAAAUUUUGGUAUUUUGGUGGUAACAGGAGAAGCCAGAGAUUCAUUGAACGCUGUAUCCAGAGCUUCCCCACUCUCUGUUUGCUGGGACCUGAGGGAACCCCUGUGACCUGGGCCUUGAUGGAUCAGAGUGGAGAGCUGAGGAUGGGAGCUACUGUACCCAAGUACCGAUCACAGGGCCUCGGCACCUACGUCCUGUAUUCCUAUGUCCAGAGUAUGGACAAACUUGGCUUUCCCACAUAUAAUCAUGCAGACAAAGCCAACAAAAUCUCACAGAAGAUGAAUCACACUCUGCAACUUGUCCCCAUGCCCUGUGACUGGAACCAGUGGAACUGUGUGCCUCUGUAA